UGUCCUUUUGCUAUAAGAAAUAUUGUACACUUGAGGCUCUUUUUCAACUUUUUAAAACAGAACCGCGCCAAAACCCCCACUAUAAUAUCAUCACACUCGUUCGUACGAUCAUUCGCGUUUGCUUGCUUCCCCUGGUUAUGCUGAUCAACUCAUUAUUAACAUCUCAACACACGCCAUCGGGAACAAAAUACACGCGCUCACGAAUAAAGAUGGUUUAUUUCGUAAAAAAAAAAAAAAAAAACAAGAUUUUAUUGUUCUGUUCAGUGCAUGUACGUCCUGUAUGUGUGUGUACAGGAUGUGUGUGUAGAUUCAGUAAUAAAUGCAGAACCGCCUCACUCUAAUCAAGCUGAUUAAAAAUUCCUGCGCGCGAGCAGGCGGAAAUCCACCACCACCAUCAUCAUCAUCAUCCUCGUUCUCCGGCACUUUUACUUUAUUUUCGCGUCCAUCCUUCUCCAGGACAGCGACAGACGCGAGAGGACCAGAAUUCCGCGUCAAUCGCGUCGUUUACGAGGUUUAGAGAUGAGGAGAAGCGGCAGGCAGCGCGGAGAGGGAGGGAUGAGCCGAUGCAACUCAUAAUUUAAUGGGGACAGAGAGAGAGAGAGACGGAGAGAGAGAGAGAGAGAGAGAGGCAGAAGGGAAACAGAAAGAAAAGGACCGAGCGCGAAUGUUACAAAUGUAACAAGCGGAAGAUACAAUGUAGCGCUGACGUGCGUCAGGAAUGUUCGGAUGCUUUGACGUUUCAUUCGACGUUCGAAAGUGUCUCGCGCACUUUUAAAGCUGCUUCGGAUCCGCGGAUCGGCUCGAGAUGAGACGGCAGGUCGCCGGGGCUUCGUGCUGUUGUUUGGCCAGAUGAGAGGCGAUUCACGAGCGCUUCUGCUCCUAUAGACUCGUGUUGUUGAAGCUCAAUGGGAUGUGUGGGGAACGCUGGGGGUUACUUUUAUUUUUAAGCGUUAUUCUGCGCACAGAACGGACGGUGGAUGUGAUCAUAAACUCUAUUGAACUCUAGACUCGCCGGGGAUCGUUGCAUUUCGGCUUGAUUGCAUCCGACUACAGUCUUUAGCUCUCAUCACAUUUUAACUACUUUACGCUUCGUAUGUGUGGUUCUACGUGUAUUAUGCGCCGUAAUUCAUGGCUUAGCGUUUGAUAUUAGGUUUUUGGUGUAGACGAUCUGGAAGUUUUCUAUGUCUCAGAAUAGAAUAGCUGACAUAAAACUGAUUUUCGAGUGAAGUUUGUGCUCCUCCUGCCAAAACUUGUUCAUCCACAGCUCCUUUAUAUGUUCUUGUUAAAGUGGUGACAGUGAGCAGUGGUGCUGAGAACCAUGGAGCAUCUCAGCGAAACAUGCCAGGGGAUGGAGAACUGUGAGAUGGUCAACAACCUGAAUGACACCAAGGCCCCUCCGGCUAAAAUGGCCCGCCUGGAACAGAACGGAAGCCCGCUGGGCAGGUCUCGUCUAGGUAGCACUGGAGCCAAACUCUCCGGAGUGCACUUCAAACCCCCUGGACAUCAUCUGAAGGCCUGCCACAAGAGGGGUAACAUGCUGCCAGUGUUUUGUGUGGUGGAGCACUACGAGAGCCCCAUCGAGUUUGACAGCAAAGAGGAACAUGCUGAGUUCGUUCUGGUCAGGAAGGACAUGCUCUUCAACCAGCUAAUCGAGAUGGCCCUGCUCUCCCUGGGCUACUCACACAGUUCGGCUGCACAGGCUAAAGGUCUGAUUCAGGUGGGCAAGUGGAACCCCGUGCCUCUUUCCUACGUGACGGAUGCACCCGACGCCACAGUAGCGGACAUGUUACAGGAUGUGUACCAUGUGGUCACGCUGAAAAUCCAGCUACACAGUUGUCCUAAACUGGAAGACCUUCCUCCAGAGCAGUGGACCCACUCUACAGUAAGAAAUGCGCUCAAGGAGUUACUCAAAGACAUGAACCAGAGCUCUCUGGCAAAAGAAUGUCCCUUAUCACAGAGUAUGAUUUCUUCGAUUGUUAACAGCACUUACUAUGCAAAUGUGUCUGCGGCGAAGUGUCAAGAAUUCGGACGCUGGUAUAAACAUUUCAAGAAGACAAAAGACAUGAUAGUCGUGCGCCAGCCCUCCCAGCUGGAGGGCUACCUGGGGACGUGUGUCCUCCAUGACAGUCCACGUGCCACCACGUUAGCUGAGAUGGACAGUCUGUCUGAUCUUUCUCCACCCGGAACCAACCACCUCAGCUUCAGCCAGCAGCCCAUCCCGGGCAGCACGGCCGAGCAGUCCCCGUCCCCGGUGCCCCUGUCCCACAGCAGUCAGGCCCCCAGCCGUGCCCAGCUCCCCAGCCUGCACCCCGGCCUGGUGUCCACUCCCAUCAGCCCUCAGCUGGUGAAUCAGCAGAUCGUCAUGGCUCAGAUCCUCAACCAGCAGUACGCUGUCAACCGUCUCCUGGCCCAGCAGUCCCUGAGCCAGCAGUACCUCAACCACCCGCCCGUCAGCCGCGCGCUCAACAAACCACUGGACGCACAGGUGUCCACCAACGCCGAAGUCUCAUCAGAGAUCUACCAGUGGGUCAGAGACGAGCUGAAGAGGGCGGGAAUCUCCCAGGCCGUGUUCGCCCGUGUGGCCUUCAACAGGACUCAGGGACUUCUGUCUGAGAUCCUCAGAAAAGAGGAAGACCCCAAGACAGCGUCUCAGUCGCUCCUGGUCAACCUGCGAGCCAUGCAGAAUUUCCUGCAGUUACCGGAAGCGGAGCGCGAUCGCAUCUACCAGGAUGAGAGGGAGCGCAGCUUGACCGCGGCCUCUGCUAUGGGCCCCGCGCCCCUCAUCAGCACCCCUCCCACACGCCCCGUGCAGCCCAGAAGAGAGGAGUGUAACAAUGUGAGACCAGAAGACUGGAAUCCCAGAAUUCCAGUGGGCAUCUCUCCUGUGAAGCCCAGCCCUCUGUCCUCAGAGUGGAACGGGAAAUCGGAGAACUGUGUGUUAAACAUCAACUCCUCCAUCUACGACGAGAUCCAGCAGGAGAUGAAGAGGGCCAAAGUGUCCCAGGCCAUGUUCGCCAAGGUCGCCGCCUCAAAGAGCCAGGGCUGGCUCUGUGAACUGCUGCGUUGGAAAGAGGAUCCAUCUCCGGAGAACCGCACGCUCUGGGAGAACCUGUCCAUGAUCCGCCGGUUCCUCAGUUUGUCUCAAGUGGAGCGUGAUGCUAUAUACGAGCAGGAGAGCAAUGGAGGACAGCAGCACCAUGCGGACAGACCUCCUCACCUGCUGCACAUGCCCACAGACCCAUUACAGACUCAUCAACAACCUUCCUCUCAGCUCCAAGCACCACUGCCCCUGCUGCACCCCUCACAGCCUCCUCUAUCCCAGCAGCCCCUGCAGCAUCAGCAGCAUCAGACGGGACCGCGGCUGCCCCCACGGCAGCCCUCCACGGCUUCACCCGCCGAGACCGAGGACGAGAGCCGCUGCAAGAGCCGCCAAGGCAACCGCAUCUCCAUGGAGGCGCUGGGCAUCCUCCAGAGCUUCAUUCAGGACGUGGGCCUGUAUCCGGACGAGGAGGCCAUCCACACGCUCUCGGCACAGCUGGACCUGCCCAAACACACCAUCAUCAAGUUCUUCCAGAACCAGCGCUUCUACAUCAACCACGCCGGCAAGCUGAAGGAGCCGCCCCUGGGCUUCCCCUCCAACCACAACAAGGACGAGGGCAUGACGGACUUCAAGGAGGGCGAGCUGCUGACCGAGCUGGACGAGAGCGUGCAGACCAACAGCACCAUGUUCUCCAUUAAAAUGGAAGAGCACCUGGCGCCCGAAACACACGCCAUGGGACAGGCCCAAACUGAGCAAGAGGCGAAAGAGUAACCGACGGCUUUCUUUUGCUUCUGGUUUUAAUCUCGUUCACUCUUGUCUGUUUUCCAUGAGCGAAACUGUAAGACUUUUUACACGAGACUGAAUAAUACAGAGAUGAUUGACUUUCACAGUUUUGUAAAGCGUGGAUUAUUUCACCGUAAAGACUCGUGCAGCGUUUCAAUAAUCUGCACAACCAAACAAAAUGUAAAAAGAAAAAAAAAACGAAAGGAGUAGGUGACUCCUAAAUGAAAAUGUUGUUUCCUUUCAAGUGAAUGGCGACUUGGGCUGUCAAGCUCCGAAAUGCACAAAGACAUCAUAAAAUGAGUUUGAUGAAAAUCAUUUUUCAUCUCUGUAACUUAAAUAUUUAAUUUUAUUUUCUUAAACUUUUUAUGAAUGGUUAUUUUCGCAGUAAAUACAACUAUAAAUAUGUAUUUUAUUUCUCACACUUCUCUCCAUUGUUUUUUUUCUCCACUUAUUUCUUUUUUAUUAUUUAUUUUAAAUUAUUAUUUUCUAUUCAUAACAAAUACACCAUGGUAUGAGUAAUUUUAUUACCACGUUAAGAGUAUAAAUAUCACAAGUUGGUGAUCCAAACUGCGUUGAUGGCCCCAGUUCUCAUUCACUUGCAUUAUACAGAAAAGAGCGGCCAGGCUGUUCUUCGGAAGUCACUUUCUGACAGAAUUUUCUUGUUUGUGUGAACCAUUCCUUCAAGCAAACAGUAUGUUGCUGUGGAUAUUUGCUGACUGCACUUGUUGUCUGUUGUUUUUACACUGAUUUUGAGCUACUGACUUAAAAAAAAGGAAAGUCGAUGGAGUUUGAUAGACUUUGAUGUUUACGUAUGUGAUGUUAACUGGAUUUUUUUAAUGCAUGACAUUGGAGAAGAGAGGUAGACAAAGGCCUUAAUGAUGAGGUACUGAUUCGAGCACUGCUGGCUAAUGAGUUCUCUUUGAGAGACAGAGAGAGAAAGAUGUCUCCGUCUCUGGAUCCCUACGACCUGCAGGUAAACCGAGGGAAAACGGCUCAAUCUUAUUUGGUUUGAAGACAUAUAAAUAUAUAUAUAUAGACAUAUAUUAAUUGUAAAAAGGUAUACAGUCUUAAAGAAACUAUGCCAACAAAUGCCUUGUACUAUAUGGCACUGCCGAUGUUAGAUUAUUUUGCAAACUUUGGUCACUGUAAAAUCCUGGAUUCCCACAGUUUCAAAUGUGAAUCACAAGCAUCGUCUUGCAUUGUCUAUUUUGCGUUCUGAUGUUAUUACGUUUGGGGAACGUUUGCGUUACCCGGCGCUUUUUGUUUUACUUAUCUUUUUCUAUUUAUAAUUGUAAUUUUGACGGGCAGUAAAAUCAGAAGUGUCUUAACGUUUUAAAUGGAAAAUGUGCUUUAACGGUUGCCUAAAAAAAGUGCUGUAUGUCAAGCAACUCAUGCUACGAGCUUCACGAUUCAUCUUGUAUGCAAUUUUUACUAUCAUGCAAAUAAGCUUAGGUAACCUAUAGAGAACACCUUAGAGAGAAAAACAUAUGCAAUUUGUGUGAAAUCGAUGUUUGCAAUGUGUCUUCCUUUGGUUAACGAUCCAAUUCAAAGCUAUUCCUGUAUAAAUAUGAUGUAUAAAAAAGUUGUUCUUUUUUUUAUGAGUUUAUUGCAAUGAGAACACCAGUUAUUUUGUUUACGACUGACUGUUUUAUAAGUGUUUCUCGGUUUCUUUAUGCAGAAAUGUUCUAACUAGGAGUGGUUACUGAUUGUUAAUGACACAAUUAAACUGUUUGUAUUGUACUCCGAAUCUUUGCGUUAAUGUGCAUUCGAGAAUAUUCCAGUCAGACGAGUGCUUCUACUGUGAGGAAACUCCUGGGCGGAAGGCGGGAUGAAGUCAAAUUAGAAGCGUGUUUAAGGGUAAAUAGAGGCAGGUGUUAAGGCCCUGUUAAUGAGCUGAUCUGCAGGGAUUGAAGGUGUAAAGCUGUGAGUCCCUAUGAACUCCAGGUGAAGCUCUGAGACAGUAUGGAAAUCUGGCUCGCCCAUAUGGAGGUAAAUCAUCGGUGACCUCUGUGAUCACGGGUUGUCUGAAAACAUCACUGUGGUGUUCGCAGGCAUUUUUAGAAAUUAUGGAAGCAGAAAUAUCCUCCUUUGUUGCUUUUGACUCCAGGAGGAGGGUAAGUUUAAAUGGAAAUAGCUCUAAAAACAAUUCAACGUACUGCACAGUAAAUGACUUUGUUUUCCUUUUCUUAGAAACUCUGUAUAUGCAUAUACAUGUGUCAGGAGAGUAUGUACAUAACUGUAAUAUAUGAAACACGGUAAAUACACAAUUUUGCAGUUGUGCGAGUUGUUUGCUAAACUGAGCACAACCGUUUGUUGUCGAACUCACAGCGGUUCAUUAUUAUUUCAAGUGGGGGAAAUAACUUUUUUUUUUCUUUUAAAGUAUGUGAAGUUAAAUAUUUCAAUGUGUACUGUACACUAGCAGGUAACAAAUUUCAUGAAAAUGUUAAAUAAAAUUCCUUACACCA